GAAGCCGCACUGCGCCUGCGCACAGCGGAGCAGAAUGUUGAGCAGAGCGGAGUAACGUUAGAGCGGAGACAAACGGACACGACGAUAUUUAUUGAGCGCGGCUCUUUUCUUCCCUUCUGCUUAGUUUAGUAAAGCACCCGAGCGCUUCACCACACAGCACACACCGCCAUGACGGAGCCCCAGUCCGCGCUGCUGCUCAGGAGACAGCUGGCAGAACUGAAUAAAAAUCCAGUUGAAGGGUUCUCUGCAGGACUUAUAGAUGAUAAUGACCUCUACAGGUGGGAGGUGCUAAUAAUUGGUCCUCCUGAUACACUGUAUGAAGGAGGAGUGUUUAAAGCCCAUCUUACGUUUCCCAAAGAUUAUCCACUCAGGCCUCCGAAAAUGAAAUUCAUCACAGAGAUAUGGCACCCAAAUGUUGACAAGAACGGUGACGUUUGUAUUUCUAUUUUGCACGAGCCGGGGGAGGACAAGUACGGCUACGAAAAGCCAGAGGAACGCUGGCUCCCCAUCCACACUGUGGAGACCAUCAUGAUUAGUGUCAUUUCUAUGCUGGCUGAUCCCAAUGGAGACUCGCCUGCCAACGUUGACGCAGCAAAAGAGUGGAGGGAAGACAGACACGGUGAAUUCAAACGGAAAGUUGCCCGUUGUGUACGAAAGAGCCAAGAGACUGCCUUUGAGUGAUAUUCAUCCAGCAGCUUGUAGCUUCACUAUUUUCAGGGUCUCCAGUCGAGAAACAACAUGGCACUGUUUUCCUGCACUCUACCACCCUAUUGCCGGACUCGUCUUGAUUGAACGUUGGCAGUAACAGGCUGGCAUUAGUAGGCUGCAAUAGAACCAUAACAGCUCGUACAGAUAUGGACAGAUCAUGCCAAGCAAGUGCCAACAUCAACACGGGAAAUAAAGAAAUCCAUAACAUAUUACGCAUUUUUACAAGUCUAUGAACUGAUACAACUUCAGGAAAGAAAUUGUAAAGACCUGUAAAUAGCAGACAUAAAAACCGGAUAAUAUAUAAAACUGUUCCUAUCCAUCCAGCGAAACACUUAGUACCAAAUAAAUAGUGCUUUCUGUAGGUAGAGUCCUGUAAAGAUCUUAAAGAUUAUAGUUUAUUUCCCCUUUUUCUUUUCUUCCCAUCCCCUACUCUACUCCCAGCAGCCUCUAGUGUGCAUCUAGUGUGCAUCAGUUCGGUUACAGGACACAUCGAAAGAUGAGGUGGUGGGUAAGGCUUUUUUUUAAUUCUCAUAGAUUCUCAUAGAUUCUCCCAUUGCCCAAGACACACAAACAAACUAGGAACAAAGGUGGGCUUUCAUUGGCAUGUGGACUAGUUUUGAGGAGAAGGGUGCAAAGGUGGGAGGGGGGGUGGGGGGAUGUUGGCGCUACUGUCGUUGUCAGAAUUCAUAUAGCGUGCAUAUAGCAUGUCAUGUUGGACACCUUUUCACCUGAGGACACUUCUUCGAGGCAACGCACAGUAAACUGUCAUUUUGAUUGAUGAUUGACUAUAAUGCGCAUAUGUAGUCGGUUUGGUUUUAACUUCAGGGGGCUUGGGGUGGGUCAGGGAGUGUCCUUGCUUUGGGCCCUAGAGGACUUCUGCUAAACGCGAAGGAUGUGCUCAGCUCUGAGUGAGUGAGAAAGUGAGUGCGGUGAGUGUUUAAAGGCUGGAAGAGGUGAUGAUGAUGAAGAAGAAGCCCAUCACAUGCAUGUUCAUAGUUUUUAAUUUGUAUUUCUUUUCAAAAGUGCCUCCGAUUUGAAAUUGCUUGGCUUGUUGCACCUCCUGCGUCGAAUGACUCUGGAGCUAAAAGGGUGAGACAUUGACGAAAUCGCUCUGCACCCCUUCAAGCUUGUGUGGAUGUGUGAAUUUUUCUUUUAUAACCCUUUGUACCAGCAGUAUGGAUUAUUGAAGAUAUUGAUAAUUUGGUGUAGCAAUAACGCCCCCUCUCUUUUUUGUCCCACCUGUGUGUAGUGUAUCCUAUCCCUCCUUCCAAUGUGUUAAAUUCAGUAUUCAGAUAAGAUUUAAGGACAGAAUUUUUUUUUCCCUCCCAUUGUUCAAGCUAAUUCUUUUGCAGGGCUUUUUUUUCGUGUGUGUGGUGUCUUUGAUAGGAUUUGUUAAGCAUGCUUUAACUGUAGGUUUCUCACAAGCAGUUUCUGGGAUUUGGUUUGAAAGGUGUGUGAAUGUGUUUGAAUGUUGCUGAGAAUGUGUGUUUGUGUGUGUGUUUGUGUGUGUAGAGUAUGCCCAUGCGAGUGUAUUUCACUCUCCAACUUCCCACAAUCCUUUAUUCUCCGUUUAAUUUUAUUCUGGCUCUGACAGACUACUGCAGUUUUUCUUGCCUAAUGUACAAAGACAAAAUACUGAUGUAUAUUUUUCAUGUUAUGGAAAUUGUCACCUUCUCUAGUGAGUUCUUCUAAAAUAUAAUUUUUUUCCAAUA